CUCUUUCCUCAGCUUAACUUUAUGACCGCUUUAUUAAUUUUUAAAAUAGUGUGUAGGAAACUGUUUUCAUGUCCAACUAAACGCGUCAAAUAGCAGCGUCAAUUCUUUAUUCUUGAGUCAUUACUGUUUGGGCAUAUUCUUCUUUCCAGGUCUCAUCAUGAAAUAUCAAUAUACACAGCAGAGAAAGUGAUGAAAUAUGAUCCAAGCUUUUAAAGCUGUUAAAUGAAAAACUCACUGCAGAUUAUCUUCCAAACCUUAAUGAGAAAAAUGUGCUAAAUGAUGGUUGAGAGUAAAAUUAAUUAGACGCUUUGACUAAAAUGAAUUACUUAUGGUGGGUUACAGAUCAGCCUUAACCAAAUUUCCUAAUUUCUCAUUUGGCAUUUUUAACUUUACAGUUCCUCCUUCUCAGAAGCCCUGAUAUAAUUUUUCCUUCCAUUACUCUCUCCUACUGAUUUACACCACCGCUCAGCUUAGCCCAAGUAAACCAGAAAUGCAAACAGCUUACAAAGUAGUGAAAUCCAGCAUAACACCUACUUUGGAACUAGCUGGUGGAACACAGCUUCCAGAAAACACCAACUGCCUGGCAUGUUCAGAGGACGGCAGGUACCUUGGUUUGGGUCACUCCAAGGGCUUGUCUGUGUGGUGUGCUUCUACUUUCAUCUGUGUUGCAGAGUGGCUGCAAAACAACUUGGAGAUUACUUUGAUUCGGAUGACCAGAAUGGCUGAAAUUACAUAUCUACUUGGCACUAUUGAUGAUAUGGGUGUUGCCAGAGUAUUUGCGCAUCACUCUGAUCGCAUUCAUCUUCUCAGUGUUAUCAACAUCAUGGAUGAUAUCAACAAAAGAAGCAUUUGUUUGACCUUUGAUUUACAUGAAGGGGGUCAUUUUGGAGCUGCAUCAAUCAGCUGUAGUGGAGAUGUUUGCCUUGACGUCUAUCAGUUUCCUUUAGCAGAAUGGCUGAAAGAGUUGGAAAUAUUGACAUCACAAAAGCAGGACUCAAACUUAACUGGAGAUCUGGGUGUGCAGUGGUCUCCAGUUACAGUGAUGAUUAAAAUCACACCACCCAAAAUCCCUGCAGGCAAAGCUCUGGAUGGUCCACUUGGGGUCUUGCAGACAAGAGACUUUUUGACACACUGGUUGGCUUUGGAUGCAUUUCGAAGCAGGAUUCAUCAGAGGGAGAAAUCCUCUUUCUGUACAAAUCCAGGAAAUACACUUCAGGCACUUGAAACUCUAAGACGUUGCACGCAUCACUUUCUUCUGCCCUGUGGUCAGCUUCCUGAUGAGAGUAAAGCAAAUUUUCAGCCAGCAGGAAUGCCUGUUGCAAUCACUGUGUGGUGGGCUGGCAGCCAGAAUCUCCUUCAGUAUUUUCUGCAAAAUGCUCCAAAGAACAAACAAGGGAGGACACACAUUUCUUCAUUUUUAAAUGAUCUGCAUCACCAUAACUGUGCCCUUAAAAUUUGUUGUCUUUUUCUGUUCCAUGACACUGUACCCCUUCAUUAUAUGAGGAAAGUGCAAUACAGCAAUAUUUCCAUUGAGUUUUUUACUUUUCUUUUUUUUGAAGCAGAUGUGGUACCUAUGCCAGAUGUGGUGUUGCCAAAUGCAAAGGAAAUCGUCUGCUCAGCUGUUAGUAGAUGCACCCGUUACAUAGCUCUUGGGCUUGAUGAUGCACUGGUGUGUGUCUGGGACAGACGGUCUGAGUCUCCACUGUCUGUUACCCUAAUGCCAGCAGAAAACAGCCCCCUUUUCAGGAUGCAGUUUGUGGAUUACUGGCCUUUGCCUGCUGCUGAUUCUCAGAUUCUCACAACAGAAAUGGUCUAUCUAUUCGUGCUUUGUAAAAGUGGAGCAAGUUAUACAGUCACCACAGGACAUGGGACACUGCCCUGCGUCAUGCAGGUCAUUGAAAGGCCAAAAGACCACAGAGAUCUCCCAGCUUUCACUAUUUCUGUGCCGUUCCUGCAGGGUAUGUCACUUGUGGUGCAAACAAAUGGAAAAAUGUUCCUACAAGAUAUCAUCAACAAAGUCACCGUGUGCUUUUUGACUCCUCCCACAUCCCAUCAAAUCACCUCUCCCUACAAUCCAGUUUAUGUGAUGAACACCAAACAGCAAGUCCUGUUUAUACGAGGUGACCAGGAACCCAGCAGCAAUGCUUUCUCUAAAGAAAGCAGUCAGCUUUUUGUCUUCCCUUUCAGGCACUCUGACAUUCUUAAGCAGUAUGUUGUUUCACAUCCAGACCUUCCACAACAACAAAAAAACCAGGGCAACAUUAACUUGGACGAAACCUUUAACUUCUACUUUCAGCAAAGAGUGCUGUCUGUAAAAGAAAGAGAAAAAAGCAUGGCACAGUCGUGGGAGAAGCUACAGGAAAUUGCAACGGUGGUAAAACAAAGACAGCAGGUUCGCAGCCAGGAGAGAUGCACCAAAUGAGUCUUGUCACAGAAGUUUGAAGAAAUGGACUGUUUUUGUCUUUCUCAGACCAGUUUUACUAUGGUGUUCUCCAUACAACACGUUGAUUUACUCUCAGAUGUCAUGCAUGUUAUGUGACAAUAUUGCAGUCAGUGAAGUAUUAUAAAGAAUAUUUGUUAAAAAAUAAAUGUUUUUAA